AAGAGGAUGUGGAUGGGGAAGACGAGGACAGUGAUGAUGAAGAUGAUGUCAAAUUGGUCUUUGGGAAUCAAGCUUCGCAUUUGGAUCUGAGACGACCGCAAGCGCAAGCCAGCAAUGUCAUUGGAAUUGGCAAAUGGGCUCACGGAGCUACGGGGACAUCUGCACCGGUCGGCUUGUCUAUGCCACCUCCCAAGCCUCAACCCGUUUCUAUGCCUACGGUGAACCAAACCACCGAGUACACUCCAGCGUCACGUCCAGGAGCGCAACCCUCAACCUCAACACCCAACACCUCUCAUCCCCCGGUCCAGAAUCCGCUCACUCAGCUCCCUCUACCGUCCGGGACAACUCCCGAUUCGUCCGUUAUCCCAACGUCUAACCCCAAUCUGCCACCGUCUUCCCUUCCUCCCGUGGCUGCUCCUGCUUCUCACCCCAAAAUCGACCUUUCCAAUAACACGGGAAUGAUCCCUUCCACCGGUACUUCAGUGUACGACCUCGACAUGUCUCAAUUCGAAGGCACUGGUCAACCGUGGCGGAGACCAGGAAGCAACCUUAGUGAUUGGUUCAAUUUCGGUUUCGACGAAAUAUCUUAUCCGAAGUAUCUCAGAUUCAGGCAAGAGAUGGAAGCAGGGCGGAUAGCCAUGAUGAACCUGCCGAUGGGCCAAAUGAACCCUGAUGUGGCCAAUCUUCUCCAUUUGCCAAACAUGAUGCCUCAGAUGAACGGCAUGAACCCGCAAAUGCCAUUCAACCCCCAACAGAUGCAAGCUAUGCAACAGGCCAUGGGACUGGGAGGGAUGCCAGAUCCAAACAUGAUGAUGGCUAUGCAGGGGAUGGGCAACAUGCAGGGUAUGCAAGGUAUGCAAGGUAUGCAAGGUAUGCAAGGCAUGCAAGGUAUGCAAGGCAUGCAAGGCAUGGGCAACAUGGGGGGCAUGGGGAGCGGUCCUGGGAAUGGGAAUAUGGGAAUGCAACGACUGAAUCAAGGUGGGCGGCUUUGACACCUCAGUGCGGUGCGGGGCUGAAUUUUGCUCCCAGCCCAGCGACCCUCCGCAACGCCUGCUCGUGCGGGUGAGGGAGCCGAAGACGUGAAGCAGGAAGAGGAUUCUGAACCAGGCCAGAUGUCCGAAUCUAUUGCUCCUGAUUCGGCCGCGGGAGCCUUCCGCGGUCGAGGCAUGGCUCGCGGCGUUGUACCAGGUCGAGGAACCGCCACACGUGGUCGAGGAUCUGGUCUGCCCGCUGGCCCUCGUGCUGGCGCGGGCCUGCCAGCAAAUAUCCCAACUGGCCCCAAGGCGGGUCGAUUCAAGGAUAAGGAUCGUGUGGAUAUGACGUCUUCGUCGAAUG